AAAGUGUUGGUGCAUUAACAAAAAUUAGUUUUACACUAACACAAAGUAUUUGUGCAAACUUGCGGGGUACAAAAAUUUGGGGCACAAAUAACUUAGAUUAUGCGAGUGUUUCACAAUGGUUCCCCUCCCUCCCGGCUUCCAUUCCCCCAAUUCCUCGCCGCGCCCAACCCGCUCGUCAGCCGCCGACGAAAACUUUCCCUCCUCGGCCUCCUCCCGUCAGCCUUGGUUCCUUCGCCGCCGAUGAGCAAAACCCUAGUAAUUGGCGUAGUUAGAGUAAUUGGCAUUUGGCUUCCUCUCCAGUCAGACUUCCGAACACUGGCGUAAUUGGCAAAGUCAAUGUCACGAAGAGAAACCUCAGCAAUGGGCAAAUCCCUAACCUUGUCCUACUUUUCAUUCACAUUCAACUUCCUCUUCUUCACAUUCCCGUUUCCAUGGCGAGAGGGUGACAGAAGAUCAAUUCUAAGGUUAGAAUUCAAACUCUUUCUUCAUUUCAUUUUUUUUUAUCAUCAUACCUUUUCUCUCUCUUUUUAGUGUCUAAAUUAUUACACUUAUUAACUGUUGUAUAGAAGAUUUUUGUGUGUGGUGUGAUGAUAUUGAGUAUAUUUUGCAAGGGAUUGGAUCAAUUUUAGGGUUUGCAUCAUUUGUUUUGAGAAGCGGGUAAUUUCUUCCUUUUUUUGUUGUUUUAUUACUUGCAAGUGCCAAUCAGCUGCAUUCUUUUUUUACUUCAAUCAUAAUUUGAUUUUCCAAUAAAUAUGUAUAAAAAUUUGAUUUUGAUGGAGGCUAAUGGAGGGUUGAGAAUUGUUGUUUAAUCCCUUAUGGAUGUUUAACAAUGACGUUUGGUCUUAAAAAGUGAUUACUCAAUGCUCACGUGCUGUUCAAUUACAUCUAUUUUCAUCUAUAUCUGCUGUGGAUUUUACUUUUUUUAUUUGUACUACCAUGGAUUGAGUCAUAAAUUUUUUGCAUGUUUUUUGAAUGUGUUCUUCAAUUGCGCUCACCUUUUUUCAGUAAUACGACAUUGCUAAUGACUUUGUGCUUUUUCUUUAUUUUCCUUUCAAAAGAUUCUACUGAUUUUGCAUUUUCUAGUCCGCUUUCAGCCUUUCACUAGUGUUAGAACUUGUGGAGUUUUGGUUUUUUCCUAAACUUGAGAGCCGUUUAUUACUCUACCUG